AUGGUUCGGCCAAAAGAUUCAAUAGCGCUUAGCAAAAGAAAGAGUUAAAAGGCAAUUGUUGAUUUUAAAUAAAUCAGGAGUACUAGAAAGCUAGUGAUUGGUUUAAUACUCGUUUGCAUAUUUCUUUCUUUUGCUUUUACUGGCUACUAAUUGUAUGAUUUAAUUAUCAAUAGCGAAGUAGAUGUUAUAAAAAUAAUGAAUACGUGCAUUGUCUUUCUUUAUAUAAUAUUUCUCAUCUUUGAAACGAAUAUAAUUUAUUUUCAUCUCACAAAGCAUGUAAAAAUAUCAAUAAUCAUGGAUAUAGCAUUCAAUUUAAGCUUCUUGACCCUCACUAUUUUGUAAUCAGUUGAGUACGAUUAAAAUGUUAUUGAUGUCAGAUUCAUCCUUCCACUCAUUAUAAUUAUAGUCUUAGUUCUCAUUUUUAUUUUCAAAGGCUUUAUAUUUUAUUAAGGAAUGUAUGUCUUGCUAAAGAGGGUAAAAAAUAAUAUCUCAACAGCUCUGAUAUCUCAGAAAUCUUUCAAUGAAAAACUACUAUAAUCUUUAAUACCUGAUGAUACCCCAAAUAGAGAUGAAUAAAUAUAACAUUCUCUUGACGAGCUGGAGUACAUAUCAAGACAAGCAUCAGACAUCACUCCAGUAAAUUCAUAAAUAAAAUAUAAGCAAAACAACAACAUAAAUUUUUGA